AUGUCGAACAAUGCGGACAUGCUGCUUGGGGAGGUGUUCAAUGUCAAAGACAAAGUCGCCUUGGUGACUGGAGGAGGCUCGGGCAUUGGGUUGAUGAUCACUCAGGCCCUUGCCGUCAAUGGAGCGAAGGUCUACAUUGUCGGCAGGACGGAGGAGAAGCUCGACCGCGUCGCAGAGGUCUAUGGUAAGGAUAUUGCUGGCCAGAUCAUCCCUAUCCAAGGAGAUGUAGCGAGCAAGGAAGGCGUUCAGAAAAUCGUGAAGGAGAUUGAAUCCCGCGAGAAGUGCCUUUGCAUAUUGGUCAACAACGCCGGAAUCGCCGCCCCGAAGACCAGCACACAGGCGGAUGACCCAGAGGAGCUGCGCAAGAACCUUCUCGAGCCUACCUCGGUUGACGAGUGGACGUCGGUCUACGCAACCAACGUCGUCGGUCCAUACCUCAUGACGACCGGCUUCCUCCCUCUGCUCCAGAAGUCAACAGAUAUGCAGUACGGAUGGUCUGGGUGUGUGAUCAACAUCACUAGUAUCUCUGGAUUGGUUCGCAUUUCUCAGGGACACUUCUCGUAUAACGCGAGCAAGGGCGCCCAAGUCCACCUCAACAAGCUUUUGGCUGCCGAGAUUGCGAAGGCGGGCUUCAAGAUCCGCGUGAACAGCAUUGCACCAGGUGUUUUCCCGAGCGAGAUGACGACCCAGGAUAGCAACGAGAAUCAGAAGAGUGAGAUGCCCAAGGAGCACAAGGGAGGGCUACCGUCCCAGCGACCCGGGAACGACCGCGAUAUGGCUGCUGCCGUUCUCUUUGCCGCGAGCUGCCAGUACCUGAAUGGGCAGACCAUCCCAGUUGAUGGCGGAUACCUUAUCCAGGUCGGCACCUAA